GGCCAUGAGCCUGGUGGCCUGCGAGUGCCCGCCCAGUCCCAGCCUGGAGGCCGAACCCUGCUCAAGAGCCAGGUCCCAGGCCCAAGUGUACCUCGAGCAGAUCCGCAACCGAGUGGCCGCGGGGACCUCUGACAUGACCAAGCGCGACUAUCUAGUGGACGCAGCCACUCAGAUCCGGCUGGCGCUGGAGCGGGAUGUAAGUGAGGACUAUGAGGCGGCCUUCAACCAUUACCAGAACGGCGUGGACGUGCUGCUCCGCGGAGUGCACGUUGACCCCAACAAGGAACGAUGCGAGGCUGUGAAGCUGAAGAUUGCCAAGUACCUUCAGCGGGCAGAGGAGAUCUUUAACUGUCACCUGCAGUGCACACUGGGCAGCGGCACCAGCCCGGGCACGGGUUUCAGCAGCCUGAGGCUCAGGCCCAUCCGCACGCUGAGCUCUGCCCUGGAACAACUGAGGGGCUGCAGGGUGGUCGGGGUGCUGGAGAAGGUGCAGCUGGUCCAGGACCCAGCCACAGGAGGAACCUUCGUGGUGAAGAGCCUCCCUAGAUGCCACACAGCAAGCCAGGAGCGGCUGACGGUCAUCCCACAUGGGGUCCCCUACAUGAUCAAGUUACUGCGCUACUUCGUGAGUGAGGACUCCAUCUUCUUGCACCUGGAACAUGUGCCAGGAGGCACCCUCUGGUCCCACCUGCUCUCCCAGGCGUGUUCCCAGCAUCCCAGGCUCGGGUCCAGCUCUACCCAGGAGAGGACAAAGGCUCAACUCGGCAGCUGCCUCAGUCUCCCGACCUCUGUACGGCUCCCUAGUGGCUGCAGCCCCCGGCAGGACAGAACCCCACUGGAGUCUCCACGGAUCUCUCCAGGCGUGCCCCUCUUCACACCCCACACUGUGGCCAGCCGUGAACCCACAGCCAGGACCUCCUUCUCCUCAGACCUUCCACAGACCCCAAGCGGCCUCCUGCACCUUCACAUCAGGCAGACAGGCCAGAGCUGGACCCCAGGACUUUCUCAGGGACUAUCUUGGGUUCACGAGGGGGCUGGCAGGGUGUUGCGGGGCUGUGGUCGGGGCAGAGGUCAGAGCCAACCACCCACAGCUGCUGCCAGUGCCACUGUCACCGCCGCAGCCAGCCUGAGGCAUGGUCGGGCCUGGAGCGUGAGCGAGGAGCAGGUGAAGCGGUGGGCAGCCGAGAUGCUACUGGCCCUGGAGGCGUUACACGAGCAGAGGGUGCUGUGCCGGGACCUCAACCCCCGAAACCUGCUCCUGGACCAGACAGGUCACAUCCGGCUCACAUACUUUGGCCAGUGGUCGGAAGUGGAGCCCCAGUGUUGCAGCGAGGCCUCGGACCGUCUAUACAGUGCCCCAGAGGUGGGCGGAGUUUCUGAGCUGACGGAAGCCUGUGACUGGUGGAGCUUCGGGUCUCUGCUGUAUGAGCUGCUGACAGGAACGGCGCUGUCGCAGAGCCACCCCUCAGGGAUCCAGGCGCACACCCAGCUCCAGUUGCCCGCCGGGCUCAGCCGCCCAGCAGCCUCCCUACUGACCGAGCUGCUGCAGUUCGAUCCCACCAGGCGCCUGGGUGCUGGGGGAAGUGGUGUCAGCAAACUCAAGGCACACCCUUUCUUCAAUUCUAUCCAGUGGAGCACAUUGGCCGGGUAGGGCACAAGAUGGCAGUGCCAGCCAGUGCCUAUCUGGACCUACUCCAUCUCCGGCUGGCACCAGGGCUGGCCUUCUAAUCCGUGAGCUUCAGGCAAAGCCCGCCAGGUAGCUGGCCCUCAUGGCCACUCCCAAGAAGGGCCAGUUCCUGGAGAA